AGCAGGUGAGAAGAAUGAAAGGAAGGGGGGAUGAAAGAAUGUUGAACCUUUUUGUUUGGCUGUAUGAUGGAAGGAAACAGAGAAGCAGACAACCUCUGCAAUAGAUCAUUUGGAUGGCUUCAGCAACAAGAGAAUGAUGCUAAACCAUGGCUCUGGAAACUUUCUAAUUGCUUUUCUGCUGCUGAAAAGUCUUUGCCUUGCAGUGCGAAAACGAAAGAUUACAUGGAGAACAAGAAAGCUGCUGUAGAAUUGAAGGAUGCUUCAUCGCCUCAUAAUGCUGGCUCUAAACUGUUUCCAGCAGUACCGCUUCCUGAUGUUCAUCCUCUUCAGCAACAGCAAAUACCACUUUCACCGGGCCCGAAAGUAAGCUGCUGUGCUCAUGGCUCUGACUCUUCUUGUACUCCACAAAUGCAUUGUGGUGGUGGUGGUGGUAAUUUGAUUCACCCUAGCACAAUAUUAGACUCAAAAAGCACUGGGACGAUUACUUGUCAAGUAGGGUCAGGAUUUGCUUAUCAGUCUGCAUCUUCACUGAAGAACCCUCCAGCUAGAAGCAAUUUGGCAGGCAUUGCAAGUGAGUUCCCUGGCAUGUGCACAGAAAACAGUGUAUCUUCCUGUCAACAUCUGCCCUGUUGUGGAAAACUCCAUUUCCAGUCCUGUCAUGGUAACAUGCACAAACUGCACCAGUUUCCAGCCCUUCAGAGCUGCACAUCUUCUGGCUACUUUCCUUGUUCUGAAUUCACAAGUGGGGCUACAGGCCACUUGGAUGAGCAUAUUGCACAGUCGGAGCUAACAUCACGUGUGUGCGCCAACCCUUUGCACCUAAACAUGGCACCUUCGGUUUGUUUAAAGGGCUCCCACUACUGCAAUGACUGCUUGAGCAAGCCAACCAGGAACAGCCUAGUUGAUGCUGCUAAAAUCUGGCCAAAUAUUCCUCUUCCAAGUGCACAGACUGCACCUGUUCCUAUCCCAAUAUGUAAUGGCUGUGGAACCAAACGAGCAGGAAAUGAGAAGAGUUUGCUGCUGGCGAGCAGCCUUGGCAAAUCACCACAGAAAUAUGGGUCUCCAGAAGUUGCAAUAACAGGCCAAGUUCUGGAAAACUUGCCCCCCAUUGGAGUCUUCUGGGAUAUUGAAAACUGUUCAGUUCCCACUGGCCGUUCAGCUAUAGCAGUUGUACAGAGGAUUCGUGAAAAGUUUUUUAAAGGUCACAGAGAGGCAGAAUUCAUCUGUGUGUGUGACAUUAGUAAAGAAAAUAAAGAAGUUAUUCAGGAGCUAAACAACUGCCAGGUGACUGUUGCACACAUCAAUGCUACAGCAAAGAAUGCUGCUGAUGACAAACUCAGACAGAGUCUUAGGAGAUUUGCUGAUACACACACUGCACCUGCCACUGUGGUUCUUGUGUCAACGGAUGUAAACUUUGCUUUGGAACUCAGUGACCUGAGACAUCGACAUGGUUUUCGGAUAAUUUUGGUACAUAAAAACCAGGCUUCAGAAGCGCUCUUACAUCAUGCCCAUGAGCUUAUUUGUUUUGAAGAAUUUAUUUCAGACUUGCCACCAAGGUUACCACUGAAAAUGCCGGCAUGCCAUACACUAUUAUAUGUUUAUAAUCUGCCAACAAACAGAGAUAGCAAAAGUGUCAGUAAUAGACUCAGGCGUUUGUCAGACAACUGUGGAGGGAAGGUGCUGAGCAUUUCUGGAAGCAGUGCAAUUCUCCGUUUUUUAAAUCAAGAAAGUGCUGAACGGGCUCGGAAGCGAAUGGAAAAUGAAGAUGUUUUUGGUAACAGGAUUGUAGUGUCUUUUACUCCCAAAAACAAAGAACUUAAUGAAACAAAAAGCUCCAGUUUUGUGGGAACUGAAAAGGUGAAGUCUCCUAAAAAAAUUAACAAGAACACAAAGCUGUGCCUCCUCAACAAAGACUCAAGUGAUCAGUCUUCUGGUACCAAAGGCUCUGCUGGGAGAGGAUUCCAGAUUCACGGAUCUAUCAUCAAACCCACAAAUGUUAAAAGUUUACAGGAGCUGUGCCGCCUUGAAUCAAAGACCAUCAGUAGAAAUACUGAAAACCAGCAAGAACAUCUAAGAGAACAAAUUCCUUCUCCUCAGAGUAACUCCAAUGCAGCGAUUCCUGUGUCUCUGGCAACCAAAAAAAUUGGAACAGGAGAAUCAUCCUGUAAAAGUAGUCAGAAAAGAGAGACCUCUGCUUCCAGGAGCAUUACCAAUUCCCCUGUAGAGAAAAAAGAUAAAGAUGAAACUGUAUUUCAGGUCAGCUAUCCUUCUGCUUUCAGUAAGUUGACGGCCUCAAGACAGCUCAGUCCUUUACUCAUGCCUCAGAGUUGUUGGUCAUCUCGGAGUAUGUCUCCAAACCUCUCAAACAGAUCAUCUCCACUCACAUUUAAUGUAGUAAAUCAUACCAGUGGUACAGACUGCCCUGAUCCUUUUGCAAAUGGUGCAGACAUUCAGAUCAGUAAUAUAGAUUACAGAUUGUCCAGAAAAGAGUUGCAGCAAAAUUUACAAGAAAUUUUCUCAAGACAUGGCAAGGUAAAAAGCGUAGAGCUCAGUCCUCAUACAGACUACCAGCUGAAGGCUACAGUUCAGAUGGAAAAUCUGCAAGAAGCGAUCAGUGCUGUCAACAGUCUUCACAGAUACAAAAUUGGCAGUAAAAGGAUCCAGGUCUCAUUAGCAACAGGAACUGCUAGUAAAUCACUCUCUCUACUUAGCUCAGAAACAAUGUCCAUUCUGCAGGAUGCACCUGCUUGUUGUCUGCCUGUGUUCAAAUUCACAGAAAUCUAUGAAAAAAAAUUUGGGCAUAAGUUAAUUGUAUCAGACUUAUAUAAACUAACGGAUACUGUGGCAAUCCGUGACCAAGGAGGUGGGCGGCUGGUGUGCCUUUUACCCAGCAGCCAAGCCCGGCAGAGUCCAUUGGGAUCUUCACAGUCACAUGAUGGUUCAUCAGCAAACUGUAGUCCUAUAAUAUUUGAAGAGCUGGAAUAUCACGAGCCUGUUUGUAAGCAGCAUUGCCUGAAUAAAGACUUUAUUGAGCAUGAGUUUGAUCCAGAUUCUUAUAGAAUUCCUUUUGUGAUUUUGUCUCUGAAGACAUUUGCUCCCCAAGUUCACAGUCUUCUACAGACACAUGAGGGUACUGUGCCUUUACUAAGUUUUCCUGAUUGUUAUAUGUCAGAGUUCAAUGAUCUGGAAAUGGUGCCGGAAGGACAGGGUGGUGUUCCUUUAGAACAUCUAAUUACCUGUGUUCCUGGAGUUAACAUUGCCACUGCGCAAAAUGGCAUUAAAGUUAUUAAAUGGAUACAUAACAAACCACCGCCUCCUACUUCAGAUCCGUGGCUUCUACGUUCUAAGAGCCCUGUAGGUAAUCCACAACUUAUUCAGUUCAGUAGAGAAGUGAUAGAUCUACUUAAAAGCCAACCAUCCUGCGUCAUACCUGUCAGUAAAUUCAUCCCAACGUACCAUCAUCACUUUGCAAAACAAUGCCGUGUGUCUGACUAUGGGUAUUCUAAAUUAAUGGAGCUGCUUGAAGCAGUGCCUCAUGUACUGCAAAUUCUUGGUAUGGGUUCCAAACGCUUGUUAACCCUAACGCACAGAGCUCAAGUGAAGCGCUUUACUCAAGACUUACUGAAGCUUCUCAAAUCUCAGGCCAGUAAGCAAGUUAUUGUGAGGGAAUUCUUACAGGCUUAUCACUGGUGUUUCUCUAAGGACUGGGAUGUUACUGAGUAUGGAGUGUGUGAACUGGUUGAUAUUAUAUCAGAAAUUCCAGAUACAACCAUCUGUUUAUCACAGCAAGACAAUGAAAUGGUAAUUGGUAUUCCCAGAAGAGAACGUACACAAGAAGAAAUUGAAAGAACCAAACAAUUUUCUAAAGAGGUAGUAGACUUACUGCGCCAUCAACCCCAUUUUCGAAUGCCCUUCAAUAAAUUUAUUCCUUCUUAUCACCACCACUUCGGUCGUCAGUGCAAGCUUGCUUACUAUGGUUUUACAAAACUACUUGAACUCUUUGAAGCCAUACCAGAUGUCUUGCUUGUAUUGGAAUGUGGGGAGGAGAAAAUUCUCACACUCACAGAGGUGGAACAAGUCAAAGCAGUUGCUGCCCAGUUUGUUAAACUGCUGCGGUCUCAGAAAGAUAACUGCCUUAUGAUGACUGAUUUACUGACAGAGUACAGUAAAACAUUUGGAUACACACUGCGUCUUCAUGACUAUGAUGUUAGCUCAGUUCCAGCUUUAAUGCAAAAACUUUGCCAUGUUGUAAAGGUUGUUGACACAGAGUCUGGCAAGCAAAUUCAGCUGAUAAAUAGAAAAUCUCUGCGGACACUGACUGCCCAAUUGCUAGUCUUGCUGAUGUCCUGGGAUGGAACAUCCUUUCUCUCUGUUGAACAGCUUAAACAGCAUUAUGAAACAAUCCAUAGUACUUCGCUUAAUCCGUGUGAGUAUGGAUUUAUGACCUUGACUGAACUCCUGAAGAGUCUGCCUUACUUGGUUGAGGUUUUUACUAAUGGUGCAGCAGAAGAAUAUGUGAAGCUUACAAAUCUGUAUAUGUUUGCAAAGAAUGUAAGGUCCUUACUUCACACUUACCAUUAUCAGCAGAUUUUUCUUCAUGAGUUCCCAGUAGCAUAUAACAAAUACACAGGAGAAGUGCUGCAACCUAAAACAUAUGGAUGCAAUAAUUUAGAAGAGCUCUUAGGAGCAAUUCCACAGGUGGUCUGGAUUAAAGGACAUGGCCAUAAGAGAAUUGUGGUACUAAAGAAUGAUAUGAAAACUCGUUUUAGCUCACCUAGUUUUCCCCCUGCUGAUCAUGUGGAUGAUCAUGGAAAUCAACUUGCUGACAAUAAUGGACAUAUUAUGGAGACCCCAGGAUCCACUUCAUCAAUGGAACUAAGUCUAGGAACACCUAGCAAUGUUUCUAAUCAAACUGAGCAAGAACUACUUUGCCUCACAAAUACAUCUCCCGUUGACCUCUUGUGUGAGCCAGUUCCUUCCUGCCUACCAUCCCCGCAACUGAGACCUGAUCCAGUGGUUCUUGAGUCUGCAGACCUCAUUCAGUUUGAGGAACGCCCUGCACCUCUCUCUGAGAUAAUGAUUUUAACAGAAGAGGAAAAACAAAGAAUUGUUACCACAGCUCAAGAAACAUUGACCUCUGGUUCUGUGGUGUCUAACACCAUAGAGAGUGCUUCAGUGCCUCCCUGUCAGUCCUCCGAAACCCAACUAAACAAGGAAGCAAUGGACAGCCCAGCCAAAAAGCAACACAAAAACAAGGUGAAGUUGGCAGCAAACUUUUCACUUGCACCUGUAACCAAGCUUUAACUCUUUCUUUUUAGUGUGAAAGACAAAUACCUAUGGACUCUGCACAAAGUAAAGCUAUUCGCUAGCCCUUACGUAUUUUAAUGAAAGGCCUAGAAGAAUUAAUUUGUAUUUAAUGUAUUCUGUGAAGAUUUUGUUCCUUUUACACUGAACACAGCUGUUAGCAGAGCAGAUUUUUUCUAUUAUUUUGAAAAAAAAUUCUGGCAUUCAUUAAAUUAUUCUUAAAUUUUACAGUUUUUCAUAAAUGUGUGUUCAGUAAAAGCAAAAUAUUAAUUCAACUAAAAUGGAACAGAUUUUAUUUUC